AUGACACUUGGAACAUUUCUGAAAGUUCACCCUCCGACCUUCAGGGGAACCUCAAAUCCCACUGAUGCAGACAAUUGGAUUCAGGAAAUGGAACGGGCACUGCAGGCUCAACAGGUCCCUGAAGAGCAAUGGGUUGAAUUUGGAACUUAUCAGCUGCAAGGAGAGGCUCAAAACGCCAAGGAACUUGAAUUGAUGCAAUUAAAGCAAGGCCAAAUGACUGUUACUGAGUAUACUAGCAGGUUUGAGGAUUUAUGUCAUUUUUCUCGUAUCUGUCAAGGUGCACUUGAAUAUUUUGCUGAGUGGAAAUGUAUUAAGUAUGAGGGAGGUCUUCAGAGUGAUAUUCUGAGCUUCGUUGCACUAAUGGAGAUUAGAGUAUUUUCUGAAUUGGUGAAUAAGAGUAGGGUGGCUGAGGAAUGUGUGAGGAAGGCGGCAGCAGAGAAAGGAAGUUUGAGGGUGCCUUUUCAGAGGACUCCAGGGAGAAACUUUGCUCUGAGAGGUAGAAAUUUCAAGCGUGGAGGCUUUGUCCCGCAGCAGAAUCAAGGCAGACCCGGGCACUUGGUUAGUAAUUGUCCGGAGAAGAAGAAAUAUGAGACUGGUAGGAUACAGCAGCCAGGGAGAGUGUACACCACUUCUGCAGUAGGUGCUGAGGGAUUUGAGAUACUGAUUAGAGGUUAUGAUUUAAAAGUGCAUAAUGCUACUCAUGAAGCUAUGGUGACUAGGUUAGGAUGUCCACAAGUUCCAUUUCGAGUACAACAACGUGAAUUUGUACAUGAUUUGAUUUGUUUGCCGAUGACUGGUCUUGAUCUCAUCUUGGGAUUGGAUUUGUUAUCUAAGAAUCAUGUUUUACUUGAUUGUUCUGAGAAGUCAGUACAGUUUAUGCCGGAAGGGUCGGAAGUGCCAGUUGUGAUGAAUAGUUACUAUUUGAACUCUAUGAUAGUAAAUUGUUCUGGGAAUGAAUGUCAGGACGUAUUUCCGGAUGAUAUUAAUGAAUUUUCACCUAAUCGGGAGGUUAAAUUCGCAAUUGAAUUGGUGCUUGGAGCCGGUCUGAUUUUGAUUACUUCUUAA